AUGCCCCGAAGAGAGGAUCUACAACGACGGGCCGAGCAGAACGUACGGCACGGGUUUCCUUUCAUAAAGGAUAUGCGAGGUGACCUUGGGAACAACACCUGGACCGAUGCUUGUAACCAGAGUAGGUGGUUACCUCCAGACCUACUUCGAGAUGGCAUGUGGGUCCAGGUAGUUCACACAAUUGAGGUUUCGAACGCCAAAAAGCGCAUCGGUGAGAGAUGGGUUCCUCGUGACUGGCAUGUAAAGGUACACCUUUACUCCAUCCAUGUCAUCAACGAGCCCUUUGUGCCAGAGGUCGCUGAGCUAUACACACUGUCCGGCUUCGAAUAUCGUCCCCCGUCACCCGAACCCGCCACAGCUGCUGUUAGCUCCGGCAACGCUUCCGCACCAGGCGCCUCCUCCAACCCGGCCAUGGAUAUCGUUUCAAGUGGUUCGUCCAAAUCUUGGUCAACGCCUGUCCCGCCUCAGGACACUGAUGGCGAUUUCGACGAGGAAGACAUCGACGAUGACGCGAUGAUGUCUACGACAACAGCUAAGGGCAAAGGCAAAGGCAAGGCCAAAGCGAUUGAGAUGAAUGACACGGACGAUUUCCCAUCCUACGAUACACCCGGGAUGUCGCAGCAGUCCUACAACUUACCUUCACGCCAAAACUCUCCCUUCGGCAGUCCGACGCCUCACCAAACGCCAGGGUCAAGCACCGGUAUCCGUUUGGGCGGGUUCUAA